AUCAAGGAGAGAAACAUCCAGAGUGCAGACUGGAAGUCAUAAGUCUGGCAGUCCUGUCCUGCGAAGGAGUCCAGACAUGACAAAGUCCCCCGUGACAAAAUCCGAGCAGCUCUUAAGAAUAGAUGACCAUGACUUUACAAUGAGGCCUGGGUUUGGAGGGCCUGCGAUUCCUGUUGGGGUGGAUGUUCAGGUCGAAAGCCUUGACACAAUUUCUGAAGUUGAUAUGGACUUCACUAUGACCCUGUACCUGAGACACUACUGGAAGGAUGAGCGCCUGUCUUUCCCCAGCACGAACAACCAGAGCAUGACCUUCGACAGUCGCCUGGUGAGAAAGAUCUGGGUCCCCGACAUGUUCUUUGUGCAUUCAAAAAGGUCCUUCAUCCAUGACACCACGACGGACAAUGUAAUGCUGCGCGUGUAUCCUGAUGGCAACGUGCUCUACAGUUUAAGGAUUACAGUUACCUCCAUGUGCAACAUGGAUCUGAGUCGAUUCCCUCUGGACACUCAGACUUGCUCCCUCGAGAUCGAGAGCUAUGCAUAUACAGAUGAUGACCUCAUGCUCUAUUGGAAGAAGGGCAAUGACUCCCUGAAGACUGAUGACAGGAUAUCGCUGUCUCAGUUUCUCAUCCAGAAGUUCCACACAACCACAAAGCUAGCAUUUUAUAGCAGUACAGGCUGGUACAAUCGUCUGUAUAUCCACUUUACACUGCGGCGACACAUCUUCUUCUUUCUGCUGCAGACCUACUUUCCAGCCACACUGAUGGUCAUGCUCUCCUGGGUAUCUUUCUGGAUUGACCGGCGAGCAGUUCCUGCUAGGGUUCCUCUAGGUAUCACCACGGUGCUUACCAUGUCCACCAUCAUCACUGGGGUGAAUGCCUCCAUGCCCAGGGUCUCCUACAUUAAAGCUGUGGAUGUGUACCUCUGGGUUAGUUUUGUAUUUGUCUUCCUCUCUGUGAUAGAGUACGCCGCGGUCAACUAUCUGACCACGGUGCAGGAACGCAAAGAGAGGAAGCUGCGAGAUCAGCUCCCGUGCACAUGUGGCAUUUCCCACCCCGAUCCCAUGAUAAUGAAUGCAAGCUACAGCGACAUAGAUGUCAAUGCCACCGGGAACUACAGCAUGCCAGAGACUCGAAACAAACAGGAGAGGACCUUGGCACAGCUGGUGUUUGGGGAUGGUCAGGGCCGUGGACCUAUGAAAACCUCUUGGGGUUAUAUGAGCAUGUGGAUUGAUACCCAUGCCAUUGACAAGUACUCAAGAGUCAUCUUUCCUGGUGCCUACACCCUCUUCAACAUCAUUUAUUGGUCCAUCUACUCCUAA